AUGCUAAAGGAUCCUAAGAAAAAGCCGUCCACGACUGCAAAAACCAAAGAAAUGGCGGAUCAAUCCGGGAAAAACUUCCCCAGUGGAGCCGUUGUCGCCAGGACUCGUUCUAGUAAUGUCGAAUUUGUACCUGCCAAAACCCACGAUAUGGUCCGGUCGCUCUUCGAUCCAACGCUCAAAAAAUCAUUUUUGGAAAUUUUGAUCAGUUUGGCUAUCAUAAGCAAUGUGGUGUUUUGCUACUUUUCCGCAUCAAAGCUUGGCGUCGUUUUCACGAAAUGGCUUUUCCUAUGGCAAUACAUCUUCUGGAGGCUAUGCUACAACGUUGGGAUCGGCGUGAUUCUAUACUACCAAUCCAAAUACGAAACCUUGACGGAGUACGCAAAGCGUCACGGACUCUUCGAUAAGAAAAAUCAGCACUGGUUGGCGCGCUUCUGCCGUUUUGAGAUUGAAUCUAAAAUGCCCACCUCCUACAAGGUCGAGUCAUAUCCAGAGGAAUUCAAUACCUGGCUUCUGUUCCGUCAAUUUGUCGACCUGAUCCUGAUGCAAGACUUCACCACAUACAUGCUAUUCGUAUGUCUGUCUAUUCCUAAGACUGUUUUACCAAGUCACAGUGUGAGCGUGUUGUUGGGAAUCGUUAUGAUUUUGUUCAAUGUAUGGGUUAAGAUUGAUGCUCAUCGCGUCGUGAAGGACUAUGCGUGGUAUUGGGGCGACUUUUUCUACUUCCAGGACUCCAAACUCGUGUUUGAUGGUGUAUUCAACAUUUCACCCCAUCCCAUGUAUUCGAUUGGUUACAUGGGCUAUUACGGACUGAGUUUGAUUUCCGGCGACUACAAAGUUCUCUUGGUCUCAAUCGGGGGUCACUUGCUGCAGUUCUUGUUUCUCAAAUACUGUGAGACGCCACAUAUCGAAAAGAUAUAUGGAUCGGACGCAGUUGAUUCCGAUAAUGCCCAAAUUGACGAACUUCUAGUAAAACAAAACCGCAAUUACUCUAGACCUUUGAUCACUAAAGGUUUUUGGCUCACAAAUUUCGACAAGUUGAGAUUGACAGACUACUUCACUGGCGCUACAUCUCUGGCCAUCGUUGCUCUUGUGUUUACUCUUAGACCAUCCAACAAAACGUUGUUUUGUUUCACACUCGGCGUGAAGCUUGUCACAUCCGUCUUUCUUUCCCUGAUCUUGUACAAACAAUCCACAUCGAAAUGGUUCACCCGACUAUUCAUGGAAAACGGGUACACACAAGUCCACUCCUUCCAUCAAUGGCAGUUCAUUUACAACUAUUCGUUGACUGUUACGUACACGCUACUGGUCUUGCAAACGUUCUUCCAGUUCAGAUCUUUGGAAACGCUCAACUACACGCAAAUCAUUUUCGGGUUUCUACUAUGUUACCUACAGAAGUGGUGCGACGAUGAGAUUUUGACCGCCAUUUCAGAGUUUGGAUGGUUUUACGGAGAUUUCUUCUUGACCAAUUACAUCAGCUCGCGGAAACUAAACUCCCAAGGUAUCUAUCGCUACUUGAGUAACCCUGAAAGAUUUCUUGGCGUUGCGGGUUGUUGGGGUUCCGUUUUAAUCACCGAUUUCUCGUUUUACAAUAUGGCUUUGGCGGUUGUCUGGACAGUUGCGAACUUUGCUUUGGUAAAAUUGGUAGAGGAGCCUCAUGUUAAUAAGGUAUAUGGAGCGAAGCCCCGUAAAAGUGGCGUGUCAAGCACCUUGAUGGGAUUUAAGCCUAUCAGAAGAUUUUCGGAAAUUGUUGACAGAAUGGAAUCCAGGAUAGCGGAGCACUUAACUUGUAGCGAAGCUGUGUUUGAAGAAGAAGAAGAAGACUUGCCUGGUAAGUCAGAGGCUCAGUGGAAUGAAAUGCUGCAGAAGGCCUUGGACAACGCUACUGCCAAUCUUGCUCCAAACUGCGAAUUUAAAGUGGGUGAUGGAACGGCUCCCGCCAUUGAAAUUCCAGGACCCAUUGAGGUACACUGGCAGCUACCCGCAAAGCUUCACGAUGAUAAGGACUGGGUUGGGCUCUACGAAGUCUUAGAGACCGGGGACGACCGGUGCAGAACGAGAAUCUCAACAAAUGGACUGUGGUCAGGAACUACACCUGACUCCUACAGCGACAGUGGUAGACCCGAAAACUGUGUGGUCAACUUCAAGAAAUCUGGUGAAGUGGUAUCCGGCGAUCUCAAAUUUGAUUAUCAAUUGAUGUUCUUCGAGGAAGGAAUCUAUGAGCUCAGAUACCAUAGCAAGAAUAGUCAUAAGGUGCUUAUGAUUUCUCAACCUUUCAGGCUGUCGCUUCCAGAUCUCGACUGUACUUCAUCGCAAACUAUGAGCGAAGGCUUGACUGACUUUUUGACAUCGUGCCAUGCUUACGAGAAUGGGAGAUUUGUCCCUAACAAGAACCAGCACUUUUCCGCAAAGUGCUUCAAGAAUAUCAUCAAGCAAGUUGCCGGUGUUGAUCUUUCGGCGAAAUAUCUGCGCAGGAUCAAUUAUGAUAUAAAUGUGAUAUCCGAGACUGUCCAGGAGAUCAAGACAGUACUGCAAAACUUGGACUGA